AUCAGGAGUAACUAGUGCUGAGCCAAAGCCUCCUCUCUCAGUCUGCCACAGACUCCGCACAGGCACACACUCCUCAGACAGGAAGGUGAGUUACCCAGGGUCAAGAUGACUGAGCGCUACGACUGCCAUUACUGCAAAGAGUCCCUGUUUGGGAAGAAGUAUGUUCUGAGAGAGGAGAAUCCCUACUGUGUGAAAUGUUAUGAGAGCCUGUACUCCAACACCUGUGAGGAGUGCAAGAAGCCCAUUGGCUGCAACUCCAGGGACCUGUCCUACAAGGACCGUCACUGGCAUGAGGACUGUUUCAAGUGCUUCCAGUGCAAGCGCUCGCUGGUGGACAAGCCCUUCUCCACCAAGGAUGAACAGCUUCUCUGCACUGAGUGCUACUCCAAUGAGUAUUCCUCCAAGUGCCAUGAGUGCAAGAAAACCAUCAUGCCAGGCUCCAGGAAAAUGGAGCACAAGGGGAACAGCUGGCAUGAGACCUGCUUUACCUGCCAGAGAUGCCAGCAGCCCAUUGGCACCAAGAGCUUCAUCCCUAAGGACAACAAUAACUUCUGUGUGCCAUGCUAUGAGAAGCAGUUUGCCAUGCAGUGUGUGCACUGCAAGAAGCCCAUCACUACUGGCGGGGUAACCUACCGUGACCAACCCUGGCACAAGGACUGCUUCCUGUGCACUAGCUGCAAGCAGCAGCUGUCUGGCCAGAGGUUUACCUCCAGAGACGACUUUGCUUACUGUCUCAACUGCUUCUGCAACCUUUAUGCCAAGAAGUGUGCCUCCUGCACCACCCCCAUCAGCGGUCUUGGAGGCAGCAAGUACAUUUCCUUUGAGGAGCGUCAGUGGCACAAUGACUGCUUCAACUGUAAGAAGUGCUCUGUGUCCCUGGUUGGCCGUGGUUUCCUCACUGAACGUGAUGAUAUCCUGUGCCCAGAGUGCGGCAAGGACAUCUAAUUCAGUGAUUCAAUGAUGAUGGAUACUUCUGACUGGAUGCCAAUAUUAUGAUCAAGGAGCGAGAAACAUGCCAUAAAUACUAUCUGAGCACAGAGCAUAGCGCCAUAGCAUAUUUACUACAUAGCAUUACUAUGAAUGUACAUUGUUUUCGGACUUUAAAUAGAAACUAACAGUGUUAUAUUGAAUUCAGAAAGUUUAAGUUAAAUGUUUAUGCUUUGAGAAAAAGUAAUUACUAACACAAUAACUGUUAGCAUGAAUGUAAAGACAUUUGCUUAUGUAACAGCAACACGCUUGCAGAUAGACGAUUGGAGCAUUUAGAAAUAAAUAUAAAAUAUUUACACAGACUUUGAAGUGUAAUAGUAAUUACUGCUUUGUGCUGUAAUUAGUUUGAGGUUUUGUGAAUGAGUUCUGAUAUAACCAGUUAAAUAUAAUAUUAAUAUUGCAUCUUUACUUGUUAAUGUUAUAAUGUUAGUGUAUAAAUGUUAAUUGUAGUUGUGCAUGAAAUUGCAUAAAUUUCAAAAUUGUUAAUACAAAAAAAUAUAUAUAUCAUGGAGGGGUCAAAAUGUUUCUAUAGCAAACUCUUGAGCAGAAAAUGCACACAAAUCAAAAAUAUAAAUGUAAUUACAUUUUUUAAAUAUAUUGCAGAUUGCUGGGUCUAAACCUCUUUAAAAUAAUUUAAUUUACUUAAUUUUUUUUCACCACUGUUCACCCAAUGUUCAGUUUAAGAGUGCAUUAGAUAAUGUAUAUGUUACAAUAACCGCAGAUCAAACAUGGGGCUCAAAGAUUCUUUUCUACUGUAAUUAAAUCAAGAGAAGUGAUUCAUUGCAUUGGAUAAUUUAUUUUAAAAAAACUGUUGGUACAAAUAUGAUACUUGAUUUGACAGUGGAUUCAAAAUGCUUUGUAAAUCCUGUUACCAUGUGUUUUUGAUGAAUUGUAUCUAAGUCAGUUUCAAAGACGGUGACCGCAAAGUCAAUUUAUUCACAAUUUUAAAUAAAUCUAGUUCAAAAAGACUGUA